AUGUCGACCAGUGCUGAUAAUACGAGCAAUAGCAAUGCUUACUGGAUCCCGCUCCUGAAGGAAGACAAUUGGCUCCCGUGGAAGCGCCGCGUCGAGGCCAUCCUUAAUGAUAAGGGUCUCCAGGAGUAUGUGACCGGAAAGACACCAAAGCCGCAGCCGAGUAAUGACCCGGCCAAUAGGGCAGCGAGAGAGGCGGAGAUUAGCGCCUGGGGAGAGAAGGACCUCAAGGCCCAGAACAUAGUUGUGCUAUCGCUGGGAGAUUCCCAGAUGGUGCACAUCGCUGGAGCCGAGACGGCACGGGCCAUGUGGGAGCAGCUUCGCACAGUCAAGAAACAGCGUGGACAGCAUGGAAUUCUCGUGCUGUGCCGGCGUUUUUACCGGAUGCAAGCCAAGGAAGAAGAUAAUAUCUCCAGUCACAUUACACAGCUACGACAGAUCCAGGAACAACUCCACCUAAUGGGGAAGGUUGUUUCUGAUGAGGAUUUCCGGCUCAUUCUGGCUACCUCAUUACCGGAGAGCUGGGACUCUUUCCUCAGCUCUUACUUUGGCGCCGUGGGCGGCAAUGUUGGCGCCGAAGGUGCUGACAACGUGCGCCCUCAGCUUACAUCACAAGAAUUAAUUGCCAUCAUUCUUGAUGAAAAUAGGCGAAGGCAUGAGCGUGGCGAGCGCGGUCAAUCCUCGGACCAAGCCAUGGUUGCCAAAGGAAAGAAGCGCCCCUUUGGGGAAUACAAAAAAUGUUCGAUCUGCGGAAAGCCGGGACAUCUUGGUAACGAGUGUCAGCACCGCGACAAGGUCAAAUGUAUGAAUUGCGGAAAAUUCGGGCAUAAGGCCACGGAUUGUUGGGCUAAAGGCGGCAGCAAAGCCGGACAGGGCCCGCUGAUGAAACGGCAAAAGACGGAACGUGCUUAUGAAGCGCACGAGGUCGAAUCGAAAGAGGAUGAGGCAAAAAUAGCCUACAAUAAUGAUAGCGACACUGUAUCUCUCGGAUCUGAUGGCGAAAUCGCUUCUUUCUAUGAGUGGUUUGCCGACUCCGGGACAACUUCGCACAUUACAAAUUGUCGUGAAGUCUUCGCGACCUAUCAGGCGCUCGAAGAUCACGCGAUCACGGGCAUCAGACUGCAACCAACGCAGGCAUUGGGCCGCGGUACGGUCGAUGUCGAAAGUAAAGUAGGAGACCGAAAAGUGAAAUUCCGUCUCCACAGUGUACUGUAUGCGCUGACAGCACCCAAUAGCCUCCUCUCCAUCACGCGUUUGGACGAUGCGGGAGGAAGAGUACUUAUGGUCUAUAUUAAAAAUAGAUCGCCUACCCAGGCAUUAAAUGGGGCAACUCCCGAAGAAAAAUGGAAUGGGAUGAAACCAAAUAUCUCGUACCUACAAGAAUUCGGUUCCCCCGUAUGGGUCCUCACGGAGGACGCAACACUAUCAAAGCUAGCGCCUCGUGCCAACAAGUAUAUUUUUGUUGGAUACAUGGACGGACCCAAAGCCAUCAAAUAUUAUGAUGCGCAUACGCGCCAGAUUAAAAUCUCGCGUAAUUUCCAAUUUUCUUCGAAUUUCCCGGACCAUUUGCCCGGCAACGCGCCUCACGUGCCACAAGAGCAAAUAGGAUCCGACGUACCUAUCCUCAUAGCACAGUGUGAGGGGGAGCAAAAUAUAUUUCCGGGCACUUUACCUAGCAAUGUGUCAGAUGUGCCGCAUGCGGAAAGAAGACCCGAAGUCCCAAACCUCACAACGACCGCAGACGUGCGGCGCGAGGGGGAGUUAGGAACUUCCGCGCCACAGUCACCUGCCAAAAAUUCGCGAAAGUGCAAACAGGAUGAUGAUCCUGAUCAACGCGAGGAAAGCGGGACGGAUGCACCAAGCCAGCUCAGACGAACCAGAAGAAAGACAGUUCGGCAUGAUUACCGUCUAAUGCACGACCCAGAGGCAGACGAAGAUCUGGAUAAUGAUCCAGAUAAAUCAAAUGCCGAAUUAGUCUAUAUUGCGAUGAGCACCCACGGAAAUGCAGAUGCAGACGAGCCAAAGACGCUCAGUGAUGCCAAGAGAUCACUCAAGUGGCCCAAAUGGGAACAGGCAGUCCAGACGGAACUCAAUCAACUACAGGGUAUGGAGACUUGGGAGUUAGUGGAACCUCCCAAAGAUCGAAAACCCGUAGGAAAUAAAUGGGUUCUAGUUAAGAAAACAAACAAAGAGGGUGAAAUAAUCAAAUACAAAGCCCGCCUGGUUGUGAAGGGAUAUUCUCAAAUCCCAGGCAUGGACUAUACCGAGACGUUCAUGCCCGUAGUCCACCUCGAAACCAUUCGAGCUAUCCUCGGGCUAGCCGCAAUCUUAGAUUGGGAGAUCGGACAGAUGGACGUGAAAGGCGCCUAUCUCAAUGGAACUCUCAAAGAAGAAGUGUAUAUGCGGCAACCCAAAGGAUACAGCGAUGGAACAUACCACGUAUGUAAAUUAAAGAAAACCCUCUACGGGCUAAAGCAGUCUGGCCGAGAAUGGAAUAUCGUGCUGAACCGCAAGUUACUAGACGCGGGAUUCAAGCGCCUAUUCUCGGAUCCAUGUGCAUACAUUUGGAUCAAAGGUGAUAAGAUAGAAAUCGUCACCGUUUGGGUAGACGACCUAUUAAUAUUCACCAAUGAUUGCGCACUGAUGGACCAAUUGAAGAGGGAACUCCGAAAUAUGUUCGAAGUUACCGACCUUGGCGAACCCCGAAAAAUUGUGGGGAUAGAAAUUGAGAGAGACCGUUCAAAGCGGACAAUCAAAAUCUCUCAGACAAAAUAUAUUGAGUCUAUCCUACACAAGAAUGGGCUUACGAACGCCAACACGGUCGGGAUGCCUCUUGAUCCAAAUACAGUGCUUGAAAAAGAAGAACCCGAAACUGAUGAUGAAUGCGACCGAGACAACGGAUAUGCAUUGCUCAUCGGAUCACUGAUGUACGUGGCAAUUGCCACAAGACCAGACAUUGCUCACGCCGUGCAACGGCUUAGCUCAUUUACUGCCAAUCCCGGAAUGGCUCAUUGGACUGCUGCUAAACGCAUCCUCCACUAUCUAUCCGGAAUGCGAGAACUUGGAAUAAUCUACGGGCCAAUUGCAGAUGUCAAGCCCGAAGAUCAAUCCAUAUUUGUGGGCUACUCAGAUACAGACUAUGUGAACGAUAUCCGAGAUCGCAAAUCAAUCUCGGGAUAUUUAUUUAAAUUAGGAAAUGGCACGAUCACGUGGAGCUCAAAGAAGCAAACCACGGUCGCGUCAUCCACCACGGAAGCCGAAUACAUGGCAUCCGCCGAAGCGGCAAAAGAAGUCGUGUGGCUCCGAACACUAUUCAAAGAAAUAGGUUUCGAGCAACAAGAUCCUACAAUUUUAUUCGAGGAUAAUACAGCGGCGAUCUCAAUCGCACGUGAUCCCCAAUUCCACGCGAAAUCAAAACAUUUUGAUGUAAAGCAUCAUUAUGUGCGCGAAAAAUUGAGGGAUAAAUAUAUUGAUAUCCACUACUGUCCCACGGAGGACAUGAUAGCGGAUAUCCUAACAAAAUCACUCCCUAAGCCGAGGCACGAGAAGCUCACAAAGAAGCUCGGAAUGCCCAUCGGCUUGAGGGGGAGUGUUGGAAAGUAG